AUGCAUGAGACUGAAACCUGUCUCGUUGAAUAGAUGCUUACCACUCAAAUACACAAAACCUAAACUUUACAUUUUGAGAAUAAUGCAGAGUUGGUGUCUCGUUUCAAUAUGUGUUUUACUUGGCGUUGUCGUGAGAUGGGGAGUGUCCUUAAAUUCUUAUUCCGGUGCCGGAAAAGCACCCAUAUUUGGCGACUAUGAAGCACAGCGUCACUGGCAAGAAAUAACCUACAAUCUUCCAGUGCAUGAAUGGUACUUCAAUACUACAGACAAUGAUUUGAAUUACUGGGGUCUUGACUAUCCUCCUCUGACUGCCUAUCACAGCCUAAUAUGUGCUCAUAUUGCCCAGAUAAUUAACCCUGAAUGGGUGCAGCUUCACAAAUCCAGAGGUUAUGAAAGUACCACACACAAGUUAUUUAUGAGAACGACAGUGCUUGUUGCAGAUUUCUUUAUAUACAUCCCUGCCAUGGUAUUAUAUUGUUUAUGGCUGCAUGAUGGAACUAUUAAGAGAAAGAUUUGCACUCUGCUCUGCUUUCUCAUCUAUCCAGGGUUAAUUCUCAUUGACUAUGGACAUUUUCAGUACAAUGCAGUGAGCUUAGGCUUUACCCUGUGGGCUGUUCUUGCUCUGGGACUAGGCUGGGAUGGACUAGGCUCCAUGGCCUUCUCCCUGGGCCUCAAUUACAAACAGAUGGAGCUGUACCAUGCUCUGCCCUUUUUCUGCUACCUCCUGGGAAAGUGUUUCCAAAUGGGCCUACUGGAAGGAGGGUUGUUGAUGUUGCUGAAAGUCGCUGUUACGGUGUUGGUGACCUUUGCUCUCUGCUGGUUGCCCUUCCUGUCUGACCCUGCUCAGACUUUGCAGGUGUUCAGGAGAAUUUUUCCCGUGGCUCGAGGCCUGUUUGAGGAUAAGGUGGCCAACACGUGGUGCAGUUUGAACACUGUGAUAAAGAUCCGAUCUGUGCUGUCCAGUGACUUCCAACUCUACCUCAGUUUUGCCUGCACUGUUCUGGCAGUUCUUCCAUCCUGCAUCAGGCUUUUGACAAAACCUACAUUCUGGCAGUUUAAAUUGGCUUUGGUAAACUCAUCUCUGGGUUUUUUCCUCUUCUCCUAUCAAGUCCAUGAGAAGUCAAUUCUCUUGGCUUCCUUGCCUGUCUGUCUCUUCCUGAAUGACCUUCCACUAAUAUCGGUUUGGUUUCUGCAAGCUUCUUCAUUCAGCAUGCUGCCUCUGUUUCUGAAGGACGGUCUCCUGGUGCCAUAUGUUGUGACUUCGUUAGCCUUUGUCUACUUCAGCAUCUAUUUGCUGUCAGCACUAGAGCACUGUUCGGAAGAAGAGCUUGGAUUGGGAUCUUUCCAAAAGCUCUUGUUCUUCCUACCCAGAAUGGACCUGGCUUGCAUUUUGAAAUGGAAGUUCUACAUCAGCAUCUUUGCCAUGGGCUGUUUGAGCGUCGCAAGCAUCACUCUCUCCCCACCACCUCAUUUGCCCGACUUAUUUCCUGUGCUAGUGUCCACAUUUUCUUUUGUUCAUUUCUUGGGGACAUUUGUCUACUUCAACGUCAUCCAGUUCAGUGAACAGCCAAGUAAAAAUAGACAUAAGAAGAACAAAUAAAUGCAGCAAACACUGGAGAUCCAUAUUAUAUUGACUCACAUGAUCCAGUGCUGCACAAAAGGUAUGUUUUCACUUUUACAAAAACUUUUCAACUCAUCGCGAUUGUAUGCUAAAGCGAAAAGAUGCCUAAAGAGCAUCAAUGUUUAAUAUCCAACAAUGAUCUGCAGGAUUGCACUGUAGAGGAUAAUGGACAUUUUUAAUAGUUUCCCCUCUAGUAAAUAGAGCUACUAAAAUACAGGUAGUCCCCGGGUUACAACUUACCCGACUUACGUGAUUUCAACUUAACGAUGACAGAGUCUCAUCCGCCAUUUUGUCUCAAAUUGUUGUUUGUUUUAAAUAAUUUUGAUUUUUGUUUUGUAAUUCAUGCUUUUUUUUUGGCGCAUGAAGCGUUGAGCAGGCAGUACUUCCAAACGCGGGUACGAGCGCAUAUGCAGAUGAAAAAGAAGAUAUUUGCGCACACGAACAAGAGCGCACGAGGAAGAGCGCACACACAAAGAAGCGCAUCCCGCAGCAGAGUGUAAGAAUGGGCAAAGAUUACAGCUGGAAGCCUGAGCUCACAUUUGUUGCUUGUGAAGCAUCCACAGAGGAAACACCUGUAUAUAACACCUUUUGUACUGUUUAUUGUGCGUUUUACCUGGGGCGAGUUUAUGUGCGGACGCCAACUGUGUCACAUUCUGCUGCUGGUUAGAUUUUGUUUUGUUACAGAGCCGGCUGUGUCGGCGUUUCCGACAUCGCACCUGUAGCUAAAUCAAGCUAAUCAACAUUAGUAUAUAAACGCCGGCGAUCCAAGACAACGGUGCCGAGAUAUUUACUUGAUCGCCAUUCGACACUUGUGCUUUCGAGGCUCCAUGGAUUUUUUUUAGUUUGUUCGUCAGCUGUUUUUUCAUUUGCUGAUUCUUCCACCUUGUGCAGGUAUUGAGUAUGGUUAUUUUUAUCUUAUUGGCUCACUGCUCACCCCAUAGUUUAGUGUUAUUUGAUCCCCAUCGACCUCUUUUCACGGACCCCUUUUGUUAUUCCCCCUUUUCCCGCAAUUGCGUGUUUUUGUUUUGGUCGUAUUAAUAAACCCUUGUACGCAUCCCGUCAAUUGUUGUCUGCUCUUGGGUCCAAUCUUGUAUUCCGCAUUCGCGGAUCGUAACAAACUAAUAGAUGCUAAUCGUUUGUGUGGAUAAUUAUUGCUGUAUCAACAGCUAGAUAUAAACGUAGCUUUGAAUUAUCAAAGAUUAAAUUACCUUAAUUUCAUUUUUAGUUUAAUUCUGCAAUUGUUGAUGUCAUGAGCAGCUGAGUAAGGUCAGCAAACUUGCUGUCCAGCUAGGUCUUGGCAAGGACAGAGCAAUGACGUAUGAUACAUGUUUUUGGAUAGUUAGUUUGAGAUUUUGAGGGUAUUUAGGGGUACUUACAGGGUUAAUUCCGACUAAUGCGAAAUUCGGGUUACGUUACCAGCGUAGGAACGCAACUCGUUCGUAACCCGUGGACUACCUGUAUUUAAAAUGCAUUGCACGAUGAUGCAGUGCAGUACAUGCUACAUCUGCUGAGGCUUUACAGUCUUUGUAUUGUAACAAGUUAUGCAGAAGGGUUAUAAUAAUCAUGGGUCAUGGGUUAAAAUAACCAUAUUAGGAAGUCAUUAUCACUCACACACUUUUUGUUAAUUCAAAGCUGUUUUAAUAAACGUAACUCUUACUGUCACAAACUGUUAAUAUUUAAGGGAACAUGCAUUCCACACCCAAUUUGAAAGUUCCCAGGUGCCAUAACAACAUGUUGGUGACAUGCUUCAGUAUAUACUCCUAAGGAUCAAGAAUGGAGGAUGUUUUUAAAUCAUAAAGGUAUUUUUGCUACCAUGAAGUGUGUUCGUUUCUGGAAAGAUGUGUCUUUGGCAAUGAACCAGCCCUCAUUCCGCUCUGCAAAUUUCGGCUCAUUGGAAGUCAGGGUUUUUUAAACUGAAUCUCAAUGUAGAAGUUAUGUUAUCCCCACUAUUUCAUAAUGGUGUGUGUUUGGGGGGGGUGCAUAACAGCUUUGUCAGAAAUGGGCAGAUUACAAAAGAUUUGUAACAUUCUAAGUGUAAAAAGCAUUGGUAUCUAUGCUAUUGCAAAACAUGAUGGGGUAUGGACUGUUAAGACAGUUCAUCAAGUUAAUUAUAUUUAGCUGAAUUUUAUGUCACCUUCUUAUAAACUGGAGUGGUGCUGAGAUUUUUUUAAACACAUCAUACAAUUCUUUUUGUAUGAAAAUAUUUUAAUCAGGAAACAAAAAAACUUUGCCAACAACCCGAACUGGACGCCGUGUUUAUAACCUUAUUAAAUUAUACAAUUCUGAGCAGCACAUAAACCAAAUUUAUUUUACAAGACCACUACUGCCUAUUCGGACUACACAGCACCAAUAAUUAGUCACCAACACUUCUCCAAAGUUUUUUAUCAACAUUAUUAAACAUUUAUUUCACGUCGUUGGCACCACAUUGUACCACUGGAUCAUAAGACCUGCACAUUUCACACAAAACCAGCAGCACGACAGGGCCUUAAAAAAGAUGAUGGAAGGUGACAUCUGGGCAUAAUGCUAUAAACUUGAAAUACCACAGAAAAAGGUACAUGCAAUUCCACUCUCCAAUCUUUCUCUGAGUUAAUGACAUGGGCAUAAAAAAAACCCAUUACAACUAUAAAUGUUAGCAGGUCAGUGAGAGGUGUGGAGCAUCAGAGGCCUGGAGCCAGUGGCCAAUAAUGGGUCCACAUGGGAGUCCAAGAUCUACUUUGUUUUUUUCCUUUGAAAUAAUGGGGACAAAAUUGGAUACAUUUAAUAACAGUUGUAUACAUGCUUUUUUGGCACUGACUGGCUCAGAUUUAUGUGGAGACUCAUUGACUGGUGGAUGUUUUGCUUUUCCUCCGUUACCCGCAUAUCAGACAUUUUGGAAAGAAAAAAAGUUAUUAUUUAACAAUAUAUUAUCUUUGUGAAAGUAUAACUUUACUGCAACGACACUGGAUGUCAUUAUUUUUUUAUAUACCUUGAGGGAAACAUUUUUAGUUUUAUGUCUUUUUUAAGUUUGUCAAUUUUUUUGUAACAUUGUUUGGACAUGCUAAUACAAACGUUUUGACGUCAUUUUGCACGUUGCCACCCAAGCAAUGUCUCUGUCUUGUCUCAGGAGAGAUUGACUUAGUGGCCCAUCCUGAGUGCUGCCACCUCUUCAACCCUCCACAGCCUGUGGGGAAAUACUAGUAGUGUUGAUAAGAAUGGGAGGUAAAUUAUGUAAGUAUAUUGUAUUUUUCAAAAUCCUUUAUUUUCAUUCUGCUUAAUAAAAGAAACAAAAUGCAGUUUUUAAUAGUGCUUUUUUUAAGAGGAACAAAAAAAACAAAAAAAAACAAUUGCAUGCUGACUGGCUCUGUGGAAAAAGUAACUGGCCCUGUUAAAUCAUGAAUUAAUUGUGGCUAAUCACAUUUUUGAAAAACUGAGUGUUAAUAAUGUGCAUAACUGGUGUACACAAAAAACAAUGAAAUUACUGCAUAUUCUAGACAUCCUUCCAGUAUUUUAUAAAUUUUGCGUCAUACUGAAAGGUGUUUCAGGUAACUUGAUUACCUGAUAAGUGUUUUAAAUGGCUAAAAUAACAUCUAUGGUUAACCCAUUUAUGGCAAUUGUUGGUGAGGAACAACCAAUCCAUUUUGGCUGGGAGGGUUGGCAGGGAAUCCUUCCAAGUCGUAAAGAAUUGGACGUCCAUUUCCACCAAUGGAAAUGAAUGACUUAAUUGUAAAAACAAACAAAACAUCUUGUUUUAAUCUUUACUUUAGAACAUAGAAAAUAAAGUAAUACACCAAAAAAUCACAUGUAUAAAAAAUAUAUAAAAUCCAUUAAAAUGUUACAAUUGAUACUUCGUCAAUAUAGACAAUAUAAACAAAUAACAUGCAAGACAGAUGCAAUACUGAAGUUUUAAAGUCGAAGUGCAGGCAGCAAAUUACUUCGUGAUUGUGCUGUUUCAAUUUUUGGUUCAAAUAUGAAAAGUAAAUAUUUGUUACCAAAAUAACAAAUAAGGUCAACCACUGCUUUGAUGCUGCAUCACAAGUCAUUUCAGAUUAGAAAUAAAUAUUCAGGGUAUCACUGAGUACUUCCGGUAUAUUCUAUAUUCCUUCUUGGAACACUGGCUGACUGGAGAUCAAGGAAGUGUUCACAAGGAACUCGGGGUGUUGACCCAAUCAGGAACCAACACUGUCACUCACACUUUGCGAGUCCAUUGGAAACCCAUACGACACUUUGAAAGGGGCUGAAUGAAAACAUUAGUUAUGUUAGCUAGCUUUGUCCUUCAUGUGGCCUCUAAGGGCGAUAAAGUGAGAGUUACAUGAUCUACCUUAGGCAGAAAUAGGAAAUGUUGCUGUGAACAGCAGCUGUUGCUUGGGUCGACUCGUGCGCCGCGAGGCCUCGGACUUCCCAGGCGCCGCCAAAUAAAGAGACUACUGUGUCGUAAGACCACCAAACAACCUCCUUGCCCUCCCUCACGCUCCCAAACCUGAUCCCGCGCACACACUUUUACUUUUCUAAAGUGUUAACCUGCAGGGGUGGGCAGGAUUUCAACAUCUUUAGCCACAAAUAAGACGACAUUUGCUGAUGGAAAGAACAUUAUUUGCACAAAGUCGCCGGAUUGGGGUUCUUGUUUGCAAUCAAAAUUUGUCAGUUGCCUGGCAGAGGAUAGACGCGGCAAAUGAUUCGCCGCUAUCCGUCGCAGACGUUUCAUGGGCAAACGAAUGACGGCAUGCGAGACAUUUCAGUUUCGCCGCUGACAGUGUACGCUCGACAUCCAUCUCCAGUUUUACCUUGACAGGUUCAUAGACAGCGCUUCACAAGUUGAAGAGCAAUUCCAUUAGCUGUCAGCGGCCAGGAUUCCUUGCAAAACAAAAACCUGGGGAAUAUGGGAGAAGAAAACAUGAUCGUAACCCCUUUUGCACCCAGUCAUAUUCCACACUCCAGACUGUCAAAAGGGAAUGUUUGCCAAGUAUAAAUCCAACAUAAGAACAGUUUUCAAUAUGCCAUAGGAACUUCACUCAUCCAGUACGUGUACAGUUAGAGAUUAAGUGGAUAAAUGUACUUUAGUCGAUGAGAGACUAAGAAUUCUUAAGCACUACCCUUCUUUGUGGUAAUUAAAAAGACGGAAAUCUUCAACAAAAACAAAAAAACUUUGUAUAUUCUUCAUAUCAUGUCAAUAGUGUAGCCCACUUGACAACCAUAAUAGCCUACUCAUCCUUAAAGGAUCCCCUUCCAACUGUUAUGGCUUCCCAAGGUUCUCUCCCCCUUUUUUCCUCACUGUCUGAAAUGUUGGCAAAAGGAUUAUUUUCAAGAUGUGUAUAAUGUAACAACGGCUUAAAAAAAUAUUAAAUAUUAUGUGAUUUUUAUGAAUACAACCUGAUGAAUACUUAAGCCCAGUUUUAAUAUUUGUAAUGUUGGUCAUAAUUACCUGAAAAGCGAUGUAUGUAUUCUUUUCGGUGGUAACGCUGUCAAUCGAAUCCGAGAAGUAUUAUUCAUAAGGCAAAUUUUGUACUAUGCUGUAAUCUGCUGGUGUGCCUAACGUUGUGACCGUUUGGUGUAUUUUGCACCUUUGGUUGAAAACAAAAGCCAUUCACUAAAUCAAAAAUCCUACCUGAAGAUUGCACAGUAUGCAAUCCAGCGCGCCGAUCGAAGUUGGUUGUAUAUUGGACCAAAACAGCCCAAUAUACAACUCCCCGCUUUAAUUACAGCAGCGUGUUCAAUCAGAAAGCAUAAAACUCCCAGUGGACAGGUGGCAUGUGUCCAUGAGGCCUCCAAGGAUUGAUGUGCCCGCGACCCAUCGCUUUCUGGGCUUGCGGCCCACCACGCGGGAAAAAGUGAUGGGAUUUUAUGACAUCUUAAGGAGUCCUCUUUUCAAUACAGCCCAUUACUGCUAUCAUACAAAUCUUUCCCUCUGUGGCCCAUCUAUAGCCUGAUCAAUUUUUACACUGCUGAGCCAUCCCCUUUCCCCCACAUU